AUGCCAUUAGGAUUAGGUGGAAACAUAUCAAAUAUUGGAAAUUCAUUUGCAUUACCUGGAGUACCCCAAACGAACGUGUUACCUAUGAGAAAUUAUUGCACAAGUGUGAAAAGAAUGAUGCCACUCAUUCCAACAGCAGCUCCGUUUGAUAUCGAAGGAACCAUGGUUGGUCUCACUCCAGCUGAACAAGCUCAACUUCAACAAUUAGUUCAACAUCAACCGGCAACUGAUAAUUCUGGUCUUCCAAUACCCGACAUGUUGGACAUACCCGGAAAGGGAAGAUGUUAUGUUUAUAUUGCUAAAUAUUCCUAUGAUCCUUUUCAACAAUCUUUGAACGAAAAUCCAGAAGCUGAACUUUCGAUUAACGCCGGUGAUUAUUUAUUAGUCUGGGGAAACAUUGACGAAGAUGGAUUUUGCGAUGGUGAAUUAUUAGACGGUAGAAGAGGUUUAGUACCAUCUAAUUUUAUACAAAAACUAGUCGGUGAUGAUUUAUUAGAAUUUCAUCAGUCUGUAGUUUUGAAUUUGAGAGAUGUCGAUGAUUGCAACUCGACAACCAUUCCUCAAGAUAUAGAUAUGGCUUCUCAAAAUCCAGAUUUUAUUGGUGAAGGAGUUUAUCGCAGAACUGAUGGAUCAACAUAUUUAGAUUUGGAAGCUGAAAUGCUGUUGGAAGAUGAAGAUCCGAACCAAUACAUGUACAACGAGCCACCUGCUGAUCUCUUCUUCUCGGUGCUAGUCCCGGCACCCAAGCAGCUUACGCUCGAACGUCAACUAAACAAAAGCGUCCUUAUCGGAUGGAACCAUCCGGAUUCUCCAAGUCCAGCACCUAUCGAUAGUUAUCACGUAUACGUUGAUGGAGUUCUUAAAACAACAAUCAAAGCAAGCGAAAGAACGAGAGCUUUAGUUGAAGGAGUGGAUUCCAGUCGGCCUCAUAGGAUAAGUGUUCGGAGUGUUACGCAAAAUCGAAGGACUUCCAGAGAUGCAGCAUGCACUAUGGUUAUUGGUAAAGAUGUUCCUUUAGGGCCAACUUGUGUUAAAGCAUCAAAUAUAACGUCGACAUCUGCAGUGAUCUCAUGGUUGCCGAGUAAUAGCAAUCAUCAGCACGUUGUAUGCGUUAACAAUGUACAAGUGAGAACGGUUAAACCCGGUGUUUAUAGGCAUACAAUAACAGGUUUGGCACCGAAUACGAUAUACAGAGUGACCGUAAGAGCAAAAAAUAUUCGAGCCCCUCAUUUCGAUGAGAAAUCUCAAAAACAAUUGGAAAGAUUUUCGUGUCACAUGGAUUUUAGAACGUUAAGCAAAGGUCAACCUGAAGCUCCCUGUGAUGUUCAAGUUGAACCGGGACCUCAAGACGGAACGCUAUUAGUUACUUGGGUACCUGUGAUAUCAAACGCGGCAGCUAAUACAAUUCCUAUUACCGGUUAUGCUGUUUAUGCGGAUGGUAAAAAAGUGACUGAUGUGGAUAGUCCUACGGGCGAUCAUGCUUUAAUAGAUAUUAAUAAAUUAAUUGGACUGAAUCCGAAGCAAGUGACUGUUCGGACAAAGUCUAGAGAAGCUCAGAGUUUAGAUUCUCCUGCUACAAUAAUACCUCAACAUAUGCUUCGUGGAAAACUUACUACUAAGGACGGAGAAAAACAAAGAUUUGGUUCUUCAGUUCCGCCACAUAUGCGACAAGGUCAUCACAGAACAAGAAUCGAUCAACACGGUCAAGUAGUUAUUGAACCAGAAGAAAAUUUAUCAGACAAAGAAAUAUAUCCGCACAUGAAAAUUCCUGCCAUAGAAAUAACCAAAGAUUCAGCUAGUGAAGCAAAUUUUAGCGAAGAUGAUUUUAUAGAUGGUAGAAAAAAUCCUCGUGGGCAACGUAUGGGCCCCGAUCAACGUGUACAACCCAUGAGAGGUCCGGAUCCUUCGAGACGAAUGGACAGAGGUCGUGGUGGUCCCAUGUACGCUCAACAAGAAAGAGAUUUAUAUUAUGUCGAGAAUCAAAGAGGCAGAGGAGGACCGAUGGCCUAUCGUGGAGGUCCUCCUGGAAGAGGAAUGGGUGGUCCCCCGAGAGGCGUUCCACAAACAAUGUCUCAAGCAGAACAAGGAAUGGCAUCUAAUCAAUCCAUGCCAGGACCCGAUAAAAAAAUUCGAUAUUUUGUAGCAUUAUUCGAUUACGAUCCCACAACCAUGAGCCCUAAUCCAGAUGCUUGCGAAGAAGAGUUGCCAUUUAAUGAAGGCGAUUCAAUUAAAGUUUACGGAGAAAAAGAUUCAGAUGGAUUUUUUUGGGGAGAAUGUAGAGGGAGAAAAGGUUUCGUUCCUCACAAUAUGGUUAUGGAAGUUCAAGAUUCAAAGACGGCAGAAAAUAUUAGGGGUAAUAGAGAUCGAUGGGGAGAUAUUUACGCUAAUAUGCCCAUGAGAAAAAUGGUUGCUCUGUACGAUUACGAUCCUCAAGAACUAUCUCCAAACGUCGACGCCGAGGUUGAAUUAUCAUUUCACACCGGUGAUAUAAUAUACGUGUAUGGUGAAAUGGAUGACGAUGGAUUUUACAUGGGUGAAUUAGAUGGAAUAAGAGGUCUCGUUCCUUCUAAUUUUCUCACUGACGCGCCUGAUGAUUACGGUGAAGGAGGUACAUCGGUACAACGGGGCGGACAAAGAGGAGGAAGAGGUCACGGCCCUGGUGCAAGAGGCCCACCUCCUCCGCCCAGAAACGAUCUUUCUCUUAAUAGAAGAAAAGGUAGCAAAACUUACACGGAGGAGAAAUUAUUAAAAUAUACCGGAAUGUUUGUUUAA